UCCGAGGAGAGGGAAAUAAUUGCAAGGAGAACGAUGGGACAAACCUCCUCAAGGAUUUUUUCUAAAAUCAUAUUUCAUUUUAAACAACUUUGUUAGUCACAUUGCUGAGUGUUAAACAGCACAGCUCGAUCAAACCGCUGUGUUUUGAUGAGCAAACCCGAUUUAAACGUCUAAAUGCGAUGUCCAAUCAGCGGUCAGAUCGUUUAGGGCCCGCCCUGUGAAUCUGCUGCCUUGCUCUGAAAAGUGAAUGGCCCCAGCUCUAACAAAGAUCUUAAAACAUGACCACGGCUCCUACCUCUCCUCUCCCUCUGCCUCUGUCAGGAUGGACUCAGAUGCCAGCACCAUCAUGUUCACUGUUGAGCUUGAGCCACACAUGAGCUCCACAGAUAAUUGGGAUCUGCAGGAUAUUUGUUUGGAUCUUUGCUCUCUUAGCUAUCUAGAUGCUAUAGAUCUACCUGCACAUCCUGUACCUUUGGCACGUGGCCCUACAUCUUGCAGUCAGAAUGAGACGAUUGCACGGCCUGCUCCUGCCUCAAUUGCCAACCUCCCCUGCUUCAGUAAAUGCAAUAAAGAAUCUCAUCAAGUGGCCACAGCCUUCCCAGGUGCAUCAGGCAUGUUUGUAAACCCUCUUCCAGAGCACAAUAGCCAAGAGGCUUUCUUACUCUAUGGACACAGUGUUCAGCCUGAAUGUUGGCCAGAUGGCAGUGAUGUCCGCCCCUCCUCUCUUAUCUAUCCUAGUGUGUGUCCCUCCUUUUCCCAUGGUGAGAAAACAUUUCCAAAUCCCAAUUCCAUGUGUGCAACCAACCCCACAAUGAUGUAUGAGGAAUUAGAGAGGUUGCUUGAUCUUCCCUCCACUGCGGGUUUAAGGCAGCUUGGGACUGGCUUUAUAAAUCCUGACCAGCUGGAAACAAGAAACCUGCUGGAGGAUGCUGCAAAGGGGCAGCUCUACAAGCAAGUUGAGCUUCAAGGCAGAGCUUGUAGGCUGCAAAAGAAACUUCAAGCCCUGCUGGGUGAGCAUGCUCUGAAACACUGCAGCCAGCAGCUGGAGGGAUUAAAGAAGCAUUUUCAACUUGAAGAUGUGCCUCUUGAGAACCUGGAGUCUGUCACACCCCCACAAACUCACUAUUUGCCUUGUGAAGAGUCAGUUACAUCCUCAGCCUUCUUUCCAGAGAUGAUGGAUUUUUGUGAAUCCAACCGGAUUGUGCUGAAAGGACUGCAGGAGGCCUUGGACUCAGAGGCCACAGCCAGCAGCAGCUCUGAUGACGAGUCAGAGAACGACAUGCUUUUACCUUUCAGGAGCAGCAGCAGCAAAAUGCAGUGGCUGGAAGAAAGAGCAGAGCUAAGUAGCAGAUGGACCUGGCUGCAGCUUCGUUUGUCUGAACUGGAUGAGAGAAAAAAGCAGCUGGUGGAGAUCCACAAGCAAAUCCGCUCGACCAAGGGUAGUGUGGUCCUUGCACAAUCCCAGCCACUGACUGACAGGCAGAUCCAGCAGACCCUGAUGAGAGAAAUGGCCAGCCUGUCCUGCACGGUGUCAGAUACAGAGGCUGAACCCUGCAGCCCAACACGCCUUCUGUACAACAUAGAGAAACAGAGCGCCCAGCUCAGCCAGAUUGUAAACAGUCUGAUGCCUCCUCUGAGUGCUUCGCCUCUUUCUAAACAGCCUUCAAAGGGAAGGAAUAGCUUCACAAGCGUUCAUGGAAAGGAUGAUGUUUUUCUAACUGGGACCUCCAACAGAAGGACAUUUAAAAGCAGAAGGCUCCUCAGGGUCGAUGCAUCAUGUGUUUGUGCCCGCACCCGGCCCCUGAUCUCAUACCACAAACGCAAAUUGUUGUCCUUUACCCCCUGUAACACCGCCAGAUCACCGAAAGCAAGAAAGUCCUUAUCUACUCUUCUCUCCACUUGCACCUGUGAAUCUGUUUGUUUGUGCUCUGAGCUUGACUGUAGCUCCAGAUCAAGAUUUCACCACGUGGAGGCUCUUUCCCCUGGAAAAUCUUUAGGCAUGUCUUCAAGUCAUCAUGUUCAGAAGAUUAUGGCCAGAGAAGAAUGGAUCCAGAAACCUUUAGUUUUUAAUUCUAAACUGUUGAAUCCACCAAACUAUGGGAGAAUCAGCUCCUCUCCAAGGCACAGUAGGAAACAUAAGCAACAUGUCCGGCGUAAUACGAUGGGAGUCUUAGGUCUGUCACCAAUCAGGUCGCCAGAAACUGCUUGGAGGCAGAACAGGCGAACCAAUCAAAGAAAAAGGAAGAGAAGACGACUUUUUAGUAAAGAUGAUCAGGAUGUCCUGUACCAGCUUUGCGAUCUUGGAGACAGUUCAAAUGAAAUGCUUGAGGAGAACUUUGGGCAGUUCACGCUCAGCUGGGCCUCACAGGGCAAACAGGACAGAGGUCGUGUAUACAACAUCAAUGACGUUGUCAUUCCCAUGACCCUUUCUAAGGUUGAAAAACUGCAGUACAAAGACAUCCUGACACCGAGUUGGAGGGUAAUCGACAUCCAGGCUCUUAAAGGAACCCAGAUGGGAGAGGAUCAGAAAAUUGAGGAUCUCAGUGAUGACGUCUUUGCUCGGAGGCACCUGGCUUUAGAACAGAAGGAGAAGCGGCGCUGCCCGUCCUGGGGAAACAGGGGGUGGUGCAGAGGCUCCACAAGAUCUGCCAGCAGGCUAUCAGGUAUCAGAGGCGGGGUGUGUACAUCAGGGGAGGAGAGCUCUGUGGAGAGGAGGUGUUCUCAGCUGGAUUCUGAUGAGCAGCCGCGGUCAGAAGAGGGGCUGCAGCCUCAGGCACCUUGGGAAUCCCGAGUGUUUCCUCUGGAUGAGCAUGAAGAAGCUGUUCUGCUUUCUGAUGAAGUGAAAAUUCCAUCUGGAUGGACAGAAUCCAGCUGUCUUUCAUCAAAGCCCUCAAGCUCCCUCCACUCCCCAACCCAGUCUGCCUGUACUACGCCGCCCUCUUCUGGCCAGAAUUAGAGCUGUGUGUCCAGGGUCAGCUGAGGUUUUCUCUUUAUAGCUCUUCUUACACGAGCCUGAAGAAAUUCACCAGAAACCUUUUAAAGGAAGACUGGAAACAGUCACUGAUCUUUUUUUAUUGUAUAUUAUAAAUGUAAUACUUUCUUACAAGAGUGAAAUGUUUUAUGGAGUAUGUCACUGUAGUUUUAACUGGCUGCGGUUUGAGAUUUUAAUGUAAGUAUUAGACUUUUUGUGAUGUACUAUAGUGGAUUGAUAUUGGAUAUGUAUUUAGUACAUAGUAUUUAUUCUCAAAGUGCUUUCUGGAAAGAUGUAAAGACUUAAUAGUUCCGUUUGUUGAUUUAAUCUUUUAAAAAUUGUUCACAUGUGUUGUCAUUUUUGU